AUGACAGCCUUCUCUCAUAUUGGUGAUCCAUCACGAGGCACUCAUAUCAUUGGAGUCACUACAAGUGCACAUGGCACGACCAAGAAAGAUGACCCAUCAGGCAAGAGUGGCGGUCUCUUUGCGAGACAGGACAACGAAGUCGAAGAGGGCAGUGACGAGGCACAUCAUGAGGAUGACGAUGAAGAUGACGAAGAUGUUGAGGAUCAAGAAUCAUUCGAUCAUCAACAAGAUGUAGACAUCAGUACGAGCGACUAUGGAAUGGACCUUUCAAUCGAAUCGAAUAGUAGUAUAUCCUCCUCAAACUUCCAGUUCAAUCAACAACUCCAACAACAACAGCAGAUACAGAUGCAGCUACAACAGCGUCGAGUGUUAUCAUUGUUUGGUAUUGGUACAUUGGAUACAACAGCUGUAUCAUCAUCUGGACAGAACAGUAUCUCAGACAUUGAGCCCUAUUCUGGUACGACAGAGUCAUUGUCAUCGAUAAACAACUCAUCACUGGCACAAGAUGAUGACAUAUAUGAUAUGGAAGCAAGCAAGAUGAGUGGAGCCAACAAUGGCUCAAUGGACAUGUCAUGUAUCAGCAUGAAUCAAUCAGUUCUAAGUGCCAACAUACCUGUUAUCACUCGAGACGACGAUGACAACGACGACCAAGACAAUGACAAUGAUGAUAAUGAAAUGAUAAUAGUAUAG